AUGAGCACACUGUACUGCACAGCCAUCACAAUGCAACGUCUUCUUGUUCUCGCCUGCCUGGUGGCCGUGGUCGUCGCCGACAGCUACAAGACGCCCAUCCCGAUCCUGAAGGACGACCGGACACAGAACGCCUACGGCGAGUACACGUUCGACUUCGAGACUGGAAACGGCAUCGUCAGGAACGAGGCCGGAAAGCAGGCUGAUGGCCAGGAGUCCUCGGGAGGAUGGAGCUACACCGCUCCCGAAGGAAUCCCCAUCAAGCUGAGCUUCACCUCCGGCGUGGGCGGUUACCAGCCCGUGGGCGAUCACCUUCCCGUGGCACCCACGUCAGUGCCUCUUCCCUACGAACGUCAGGACUACUAAAUCUUUCGUGCUUUCUCUGUUCAUUCCAUUUAUUAUAUUCUCCUAAAUUCACGUGAGUGAUGUGAUAAAUUCCAUGAAUAAUUCUCAUCACGAUGUGUUACGAUUCUUGUAUAUAUUUUCUUGGGUAUUUAUGGAACGACACUCGUUCAUGUCCUUUUCUCCAGUAAA